CAUUUUGAAAAAGCCUCGACCUCGGUCAUCAUAACCUAUAUAUAAGUCGUAUGGUUUUGUGUAUUCUUCUCACACGCACGCACUAUAUAUCAAUUCGUUGUAUCGCAAUUUAAAAAUGACGUCAUUGUUCCUACUCCUCGAUUCUUAGUCAUUUUUCACCAGAAUUGGCCAUCUUUGAAACGGGAUCCGUUAUAUUUCCCUACGAUUCACGCGUGUGUGUGAACGAGCUUCUACCAUUUUUUUUUCUUUUUAACACAAUCACAAAAGUCCUUUUGCGUGUAUUGUUCAUUUCUGACAUCGUGGUGGUGAGUUACAUCGUUAUUUACGUGCACGAUAAUCAAAGUUGAGUAGUUUUAAUCGGAAACGAAGCGAAGAAUAAUAACAAUAAAACAUCAAAAUGGACUCUGGCGGAUAUUCCGGAGAUGGAGAUUUGGGAGGUCCGCGUACGCCUCAACAGGCUGUAUCGACAAAAAAACUCCAACAAACACAGGCUAAAGUGGAUGAGGUGGUUGGAAUCAUGAAAGUGAACGUCGAAAAAGUCAUGGAGCGUGAUCAGAAACUGUCCGAGCUUGACAACCGAGCAGAUGCGUUACAACAGGGCGCAGCGCAGUUUGAGCAACAGGCUGGAAAACUUAAGAGAAAAUACUGGUGGAAAAAUCUUAAAAUGAUGAUUAUCAUUGGAAUAAUAUGUGUCAUUAUAUUGAUUAUUAUCAUCGCUUCCGUAUUGCCGGGCUCGUCGAACGAUGAAUCUGCAAAGCCGGUCGAGAGUGGAAAGUGAACGAAAGUAAGGAAAGAAAAAGGAUGAGGACGACGGAGCGUAUCGUAGCGCCACCGAGCGGCAAAGAAAAGAGCAGCGUUCCUCAACGGUUAACAUGUUUUUUUCUCUUUCAUAUCCGCGAAUUUGAGCCAAGUAUUUAAAUUAACGAAGACAAUAAGAAUAGGCGUAAGUACGGAAUAUCAUAGGAAGGAAACAAAAGUGACCAAAAGGUACCCACGAUUUUAGGCUUGUUAGAACAAACGAUAAGAGGAACAAUCAUUUAUCCGAGCAAUAGCACAAAAACGGUUAAAGUUUAAAGAAAAACAGAGUCUAAUCACCGAAGGGCAAAAAUUUUCAAUUUGCCACUUCGUUUCUUUGUAUUUUUACACUAAAAUCUAUCAUAAUUUGCUACUAUUAUUGUUAAUACUUGCAAUUAUUGUCUAUGCAAAUGUUGUAAUGGGAAUUCGGGGCGUAUAAAAGAAAUAAAAGUAGAGGUUACUGGGGCCAAAGCGAAUUUCACGAGGCCAAAACAAAGAAGAAAACGGAAAUGACAUAAAAAACACAAUCGUUAGAAUCAGAAAACCGUCACGUCUGUAAGUUACAAAUGUUCGUAACGUUUUUAACGUGUAUUUUGUGUACAAUUGAUAUUUAAUAUAUACAUAUAUAUAUUGAUAUAAAUGAUGUGUCACGAGAGACCUUCGUAACGAA